UUCGUCAUUCAAAUGAUUACAAUACUAGGCCAGUGAAUGCCUGUUGCUGCACUGAUUGAGAGGUGCAUGGGUGGAACUGGAAUUUCAACAUCGGGACUAAUAGCCUACACCUCAACCAGGAAAAAUCCAUGGCAAAAUACCAUUCAGUUUGGAGAUUUUUGGAAUGAACGCAACUGAACGAAAUUGCAUCUCUGGAGGCGGUAUCUCCAAUUCCAUCAGCCAGGUCGAAAUGCAGAUAUCCAAAAGUCCUUUUAUCGCCACUGUCAAUGCAGUCCCAUCGAGACGAGAGCUGCGCUGGAUAAUCGAGCCAGUGAUGCCCAGUGAGAGUCUGCACCAGACCAGUGAACCUUCAGCAAACCAGAGAGAAAGCUUCAGAAGAAAUAUACAGCUCACUCCAGAUGAAGAGGAGAAGAUAAGACGGAGAAGAGAGCGUAACAAAAUGGCUGCUGCCAAAUGCCGCAACCGCAGACGAGAACUUAUUGACCUUCUUCAGGAGGAGACUGAGCGCCUGCACAUGGAGCAGGUCAUGCUGCAGAAACAGGUGAGCUGCCUGCAACGGGAGAAAGAGCAGCUGAAAAUGCUACUGGCAUCCCAUGCAUCCAUCUGCACGCUGGCACAGGACAAACCUCAUUCCUUGGACACUUUUUUGUCAGGAGAGCCCCUCCCAUCCAAAAUUUCCAUCACAAUAAAACAGGAACCUCUGGAUGACGUGAGUGGGUCAGGAUAUUUGGCACCCCAACAGAUGGAGAAAGGCUCUGAAUUACACUAAAUUCAAUGAAACCGAAGACGCACCAGUACUUUUUAUUUAAUAUCUUUGUAAAUACCUCACUUCUAAAGAGACUCUGUGUUCAACAUCCAACUUUUCCUGUGUUAAGAAACUUAUUGCAGAUGAGAGUGAAAUCACUUCUGGUGCUCUGUUAUAUUUGUUCCUUGUUUCCAUGUAGUGACCAUGUCUGUUAUAACUGUCUCUGAAGUAGCAAUGAUAUUUUUUAACAACGGCUGUAAAUCACAAAAUAAAUAAAAUAAAUAAAUAAAAAGGGCUCAAAAAAAAAAAAAAAAAAACAGCCUGAUGUUGAACAUAUUGAACAUUAUUGUGAAUUGUACUUUAAAUAAGUUAAAUAAGUUACCAAGGUAAUAUUAUCUAGCUGGAUUUAAAGAUAAUAAUGUGUAAUCAUUUGGAAGCAUCAUUUAGAAUGGUUUGAAAAUUGUAAACCAAAUCAAUAUUGUUUAAAUUAUUUUAAUAAAAUUUAAACAUGUUUACACUUGUUUAACAAUUAAAUGAACUAAAACGAUUUUCUACAUUUAUUACAGACACAUAAUUCUUGUGUUGGAGUUAUUUCAUUUUUAUGUGUGCUUUAAAUGGUUCAGCAAAUCUCUGUUUUGAAUGAAGCAAAACAACUGUUGCUAACAUUUUCAGACUAUAUGUAACUUCAUGAGUAUACAAAAGCAUUCUUGCUCAGUAUAUUCUGGGAAAAUAUUACAAUGUAUUUUACAUUAAAAAAAUAUGAAUGCAAAUCAAGAUUCAUUUCUCUAGAAUGAAAAUUCAGUUGUUAUUUACUCACCCUUGUGUCAUCCCAAACCUGUAUUUCUUCUUUUUUCUUCAGGACUCCAAUGAAAAGAUUUUGAAGAUUUGUAUAGGCAAAAAUAAAUAAAUAAAUUCAAAAACAAAACAAAAAUCUUCCUUUUAUGAAGGGUUUAGAAAACAUGAGGAUGAUUAAAUGAUGACACAAUCUUCAUUUUUGGGUGAACUAUCCUUUUAAGCAGAAAGCUUGGAGUUCCAUGCAACAAGAUACAACAUGCCACAUAGCAUGCAAUAAAUGUAGGAUAUUUUGACAUCUGCAAAGGCAAUGCUCCGGCAUGCACGAAGAGCCCCCCUUCCCCAUCCCAUUACAAAGGAGGAGGAUUUCCACUCCACUGUGGGCAUGAGUUCCUGUUUGGGAUUUGGGAAUCUGAAUUUCAAUUCACAGA